GGGAGUUGGUGUGCCGUGUUCAGAACCGUAGCAGGACAUCAGGCCCCAGGGGCCUUCUAAGGCCCCGAGAAAUGGGUGUGAAAGAUGUCAAAGCAAUUACAAUAGCAUUGCAGUGUAAUCUCCCACUGACACAGAGAGUGUGAAUGGAAGAGGGCUAACCCUCUUUUCUGCCUCUGGCCUCUCUCCUCUGGCGAAACGAUUGCUUUGACAUUCACUAAAUGUUUAGCUGGUAACAGCUCCACCGCUUGUUAUUCUGACAGCGAGUGUGCAGAGUGUUUUUUUUAAAUAUAUUUUUUUACAUGUCUCGAAGAGAAGGGGAUUUGUUAGCAUGCAACAGUUAAAAUUCAGUGUCCAUGUUUUCCAACGAAAAUAAAACUUUUAAGGCAAUGAAUAUGGACCUUCUCUGACGAGGUGUUAAGGACUAAAAAUAGUGUAUUUCUCAACUCAACUUACCUAUUACACUCCCCAUGUUUAACCCCAUCUAUCUCCUAUUACACUCCCCAUGUUUAACCCCAUCUAUCUCCUAUUACACUCCCCAUGUUUAACCCCAUCUAUCUCCUAUUACACUCCCCAUGUUUAACCCCAUCUAUCUCCUAUUACACUCCCCAUGUUUAACCCCAUCUAUCUCCUAUUACACUCCCCAUGUUUAACCCCAUCUAUCUCCUAUUACACUCCCCAUGUUUAACCCCAUCUAUCUCCUAUUACACUCCCCAUGUUUAACCCCAUCUAUCUCCUAUUACACUCCCCAUGUUUAACCCCAUCUAUCUCCUAUUACACUCCCCAUGUUUAACCCCAUCUAUCUCCUAUUACACUCCCCAUGUUUAACCCCAUCUAUCUCCUAUUACACUCCCCAUGUUUAACCCCAUCUAUCUCCUAUUACACUCCCCAUGUUUAACCCCAUCUAUCUCCUAUUACACUCCCCAUGUUUAACCCCAUCUAUCUCCUAUUACACUCCCCAUGUUUAACCCCAUCUAUCUCCUAUUACACUCCCCAUGUUUAACCCCAUCUAUCUCCUAUUACACUCCCCAUGUUUAACCCCCAUCUAUCUCCUAUUACACUCCCCAUGUUUAACCCCAUCUAUCUCCUAUUACACUCCCCAUGUUUAACCCCAUCUAUCUCCUAUUACACUCCCCAUGUUUAACCCCAUCUAUCUCCUAUUACACUCCCCAUGUUUAACCCCAUCUAUCUCCUAUUACACUCCCCAUGUUUAACCCCAUCUAUCUCCUAUUACACUCCCCAUGUUUAACCCCAUCUAUCUCCUAUUACACUCCCCAUGUUUAACCCCAUCUAUCUCCUAUUACACUCCCCAUGUUUAACCCCAUCUAUCUCCUAUUACACUCCCCAUGUUUAACCCCAUCUAUCUCCUAUUACACUCCCCAUGUUUAACCCUUUCUAUCUCCCUCCUUCUGUUUUCCCAUCUCUCCCCUUCUUCUCCCUGUCCCUCUCUCUGCUCUCAGAAGCCAGGUAUGGACCUGGCUGAUACCUAUAUAACGUUUGUGCGGCAGAACCAGGACAUCAUGCGAGACCGCGUCAAUGAGGAGAUGUACAUCGAGAAGCUGUUUGACGUGAGUGUGUCGACCUUGACGUGGACUCACACUUGCACCUUGUGUGUGUUUUCACUUUUUUCAGCAGCUUUCAUCAUACAAAGUACAUAGAUUGGGUGGAUAACUGUCAUUCUUACCACACUAUGAUAACAUCUAAAUUAUAACUGAUACAUUUUUCUGAACACAAUAGGAAUGGCAACCAGUGGACAAUAUCUCUGUGGUUUGUGAUGCCAGUACAGUACAGAUAUAGUAUCUUAAUUUGAUCACCCUGUGGCAGGAGAACUUUCCUGCAAUGUAGGAAAUAUUUAACUUGUAAUGCAUUUGAAGUUUUGAAAAGGCUUCUGAAAUUUGUAGGAUCCACUAUGAAAUUUCAGACUUGAUUUUCCCUUACAAAAAAUGUGUAAACCCCUACAAAAAUGGCCAUUAAUUAUAAUCCACAUAAUCAUUUGCAUGUCCUGUUGCUGCAGGAUUAUUUUCCUGCUGUAGCAAACUGGCUCAAAUUAAGAUCCUACAUCUGUAGAUGAAGGUGUUGCACGAAAACCACAGCAUAAAGAAGAAAAAGUCCCACCCACUGUAUUUCUACAUUUCUCCUAUUCUGAGGUGAAUCAUUGUCAGGUCAAACAGUGUAUCUGUGAGGGGUCACAAUGAUCUCAGCCUGGAGUUUGUCAGGGAUUCAAUCAAUACCGAAAUGUACAAGUGGACACAAAGACACACACACACUCCCUCUGGCACACACUCUCUCACUCUCACUCUCUCUCUCUCUUUCUCGCUCUCCGUUUCCCUUUCACUCAUAGAUACAGAUACACACACUCUCCGUCUCAUCCUCUUCAACAUAUACAGUGCCUUCGGAAAGUAUUCAGACCCCUUGACUUUUUCCACAUUUUGUUACGAUACAGCCUUCUUCUAAAAUGUAUUAAAUAUAUUUUUUCCUCAGCAAUCUACGCACAAUAACCCAUAAUGACAAAGCGAAAACAGGUUUUUAGACAUUUUUGCAAAUGUAUUACAAAUAAAAAACAGAAAUACCUUAUUUACAUAAGUAUUUAGACCCUUUGCUAUGAGACUCAAAAUUGAGCUCAGGUGCAUCCUGUUACCAUUGAUCAUCCUUGAGAUGUUUCUACAACUUGAUUGGAGUCCACCUGUGGUCAAUUCAAUUGAUUGGACAUGAUUUGGAAAGACACACACCUGUCUGUAUAAGGUCCCACAGUUGACAGUGCAUGUCAGGGCAAAAACCAAGCCAUGAGGUCGAAGGAAUUGUCCAUAGAGCUUCGAGACAGGGUUUUGUCGAGGCACAGAUCUGGGGAAGGGUGCCAAAAAAUGUCUGCAGCAUUGAACGUCCCCAAGAACACAGUGGCCGCCAUCAUUCUUAAAUGGAAGAAGUUUGGAACCAGCAUGACUCUUCCUAGGGCUGACCGCCCGGACAAACUGAGCAAUCGGGGGAGAAGGGCCUUAGUCAGGGAGGUGACCAAGGACCUGAUGGUCACUUUGACAGAGCUCCAGAGUUCAUCUGUGGAGAUAACCUUCCAGUAGGACAACCAUCUCUGCAGCACUCCACCAAUCAGGCCUUUAUGGUAGUGGCCAGAUGGAAGCCACUCCUCAGUAAAAGGCACAUGAUAGCCAGCUUGGAGUUUGCCAAAAGGCACCUAAAGGACACCCCGAUAAGAUUCUCUGGUCUGAUGAAACCAAGAUUGAACUCUUUGGCCUGAAUGCCAAGAGUCACGUCUGGAGGAAACCUGGCACCAUCCCUACGGUGAAGCAUGGAGGUGGCAGCAUCAAUCUCUGGGGAUGUUUUUCAGCGACUGGGACUGGGAGACUAGUCAGGAUCGAGGCAAAGAUGAACAUAGCAAAGUACAGAGAGAUAAAAACCUGUUCCAGAGCGCUCAGGACCUCAGACUGUGGCAAAGGUUCACCUUCCAACAGGACAACAACCCUAAGCACACAGCCAAGGCAAUUGUAGGAGUGGCUUCAGGACAAGUCUCUCAAUGUCCUAGAGUGGCCCAGCCAGAGCCCGGACUUGAACAGGAUUGAACAUCUCUGGAGAGACCUGAAAAUAGCUGUGCAGCAACGCUCCCCAUCCAACCUGACAGAGCUUGAGAGGAUCUGCAGAGUAGAAUGGGAGAAACGCCCCAAAUACAGGUGUGUCAAGCUUGUAGCAUCAUACCCAAGAAGACUUGAUGCUGUAAUCGCUGCCAAUGUAAUGUAAUAUUUCAGUUUUUAAAAACCUGUUUUUGCUUUGUAAUUAUGGGGUAUUGUGUGUAGAUUGAUGAGGGGAAAAAACAAUUUAAUCAAUUUUAGGAUAAGGCUGUAACGUAACAAAAUGUGGAAAAAGUCAAGGGGUCUGAAUACUUUCCGAAGGCACUGUAUAUCAAUGAAUUGGCGAGGGCACUAAAACAGUCUACAGCACCCGGCCUCUGCCUACUGGACUCAGACAUCACAUGUCUACUGUUUGCAGAUUAUCUGAUGCUUCUGUCCCCAACCAAGGAGGGCCUACAGCAGCACCUAGAUUUUCUACACAGAUUCUGUCAGACUUGGGCCCUGACAGUGAUUCUCAGUAAGACAAAAAAGGUCCAGUAGCCAAGACAACAAAUACAAAUUCUAUCUAGACACUGUUGCCCUAGAGCACACAAAUAAUUAUACCUACCUCGGCCUUAACAUCAACACCACAGGUAACUUCUACAAGACUGUGAACGAUCUAAGAAACAAGGCAAGAAGGGCCUUCUAUGCCAUCAAAAGGAACAUAAAACUCAACUUCCCAAUUAGGAUCUGACUACAAAUACUUGAAUCAGUUAUCAAACCGAUUGCCCUCUAUGGUUGUGAGGUCUGGGGUCCACUCACCAACCAAGAAUUCACAAAAUGAGACAAACACCUAAUUCAUGCUCUGCAUGCAGAAUUCUGCAAAAAUAUAUUUUGUGUACAAUCCAAAACCCCAAACAAUGCAUGCAGAGCAGAAUUGGGACUAUACCAGCUAGUUAUCAAAAUCCAGAAAAGAGCUGUUAAAUUCUACAACCACCUAAAAGGAAGCGAUGCCCACACAUUCCAUCACAAAGCCCUCACCUACAGAGAGAUGAACAUAGAGAAGAGUCGCCUCAGCCAGCUCGUUCUGAGGCUCUGUUCACAAACACAAAGAGAGCCCCAGGACAGAAACACAUUUAGACCCAACCAAAUUAUGAGAAAGCAAAAUGAUAACUAUUUGACACAGUGGAAAGAAUGAACAAAAAAACUGAGCAAAUUGGAAUGCUAUCUGGCGCUAAACAGAGAGUACACAGCAGCAGAAUACCUCACCACUGUGACUGACCCCAAAUUAAGAAAAUCCUUGACUAUGUACAGACUCAGUGAGAAUAGCCUUGCUAUUGAGAGACGCUGCCAUAGGCAGACCUGGCUCUCAAGAGAAGACAGGAUAUGUGCCCACUGCCCACAAAAUGAGGUGAAAACUGAGCUACACUUCCUAACCUCCUGCCAAAUGUAUGACCACGUUAGAGACACAUAUUUCCCACAGAUCACACAGGCCCACAACGAUUUUGAAAAGAAAUCAAACAUUGAUAAACUCCCAUAUCUGUUAGGCGGAAUACGGCAGUGUGCAAACACAGCGGCAAGAUCUGUGGCCCGUUGCCAUGAGAAAAGGGCAGCCAGUGGAGCACAAACACCUUGUAAAUACAACCUAUACAUUUAUGUUGAUUUAUUCAACUAUUUGCACAUUGUUACAACACUGUACAUAGCCAAUAAUAUAACAUUUGAAAUGUGUAUAUUCUUUAAAAACUUUUGUGAGUGUAAUGUUUACUCAUUGUUUAUUCCUCUUGUUUAUUUCCCUUUUGUUUAUUGUCUGUUCCACUUGCUUUGGCAAUGUAAAUAUAUGUUUCCCAUGCCAAUAAAGCCUUUUGGAGGGAGGGAGAGAGGGAGACAGAGAGGUAAUCCCAUUGUGACUACUUCCAGGGCCCAAGCUAGCCUCCUCCGGGUUUUUGUUGACCUGUUUUCCAUUGAAAUAUGCCGAGAGGUGUUGUGUCUCCCUGUGUGUGCCCCCCUACUUCCUCCAUCUAUCCUGCGGUCGCAGUGUGUUACCGAGUACCUUCAAACACAAGAUGAGACACACAUACACAUUUACACGCAUGCAGUGAGGAACACAGACAUACACAAUCCAUAUUAUGCUAUGCACACACACACACCCCCCUCUUCAUUGCUUCCCUCUAAGAUUGGGUUUUUAAACUUGAGGUGGAAGCUGAGAUUGGAGUAAAGCAGUGUUGAUUUGUUGGGCCUUUGCUGGGGCUGGGGAGACUGGGAGGGGGGUAGAUGGGAGAGGGAGGAGGCAGGCACAGCCCUAAUGGACCCCACACACCCAUAGUCAUGCACCAGGAGGAGAGACAACGGCAGGGUCUCACCAUGUCACCACACACACACACAGUUAUGCGUCGCCACCUGUGGUUGUGUGUGUUGGGAAAUGUCAUUAUCUCUGCAUAUGUGUUCAUGUGCACAAAUCUGUCUGUUUAUGUGUGAAUGUAAGCGCAUGUACUAUGUAAAUAUACAGCAUGUGUGUGCUUGCAUUGCAUCGCCAGCAGCUUGUAUUGGUCCGCUGUUUCGAAGUGUAUUUGCAUAAUGUGUAUGGUGUUCGUGUGCAUGUGUGUAUGUAUGUGUGUCUAUACAUGCGGAGCAGCCAAGAUAGGGUUGAGCGUUCUGUGUUGAUGAAGAGGCUAAUGCAUGCCGUUGCAGGCGGCCAGUCCUUCUCGUCCUCCACAUUAGGGGACAAAUCACCCUGAUUAAGCCACUGAUAAAGCCUUCCGACCGGGACCACACAACCUAGCCCUCCCUUUCAGCCAGCCCCCAUGUGUGGCCCUGCUUUCUCCACUCUGCCCUUAACCAUAUCAAUCGAGGGAAACUUAAGUACGUCAUUACUGUCACGCCGUCAGAAACGCCACAAAGACAUGCUCAGCUCCGAAACCACAUUAACAAUGUUCCAAGAGAACUAAUGACAACAAACGACCUGAUGUUCACUCAUUUUCACUCGUCUAGUUAACACUCCCUCGUUCCCUCCAUCUGUUUUCCCCCUCUUCCGCUAAUCGGCUCAAUUAAAGAGCUUCUCCAUUUUCAAUUUCAUGCUUGCUCCGUUGAGUGCCAGGGGGCGGCUAGCCUAUUAUCGAGUAGGCUGGCUCCCGUUGUAGGUAUUCAUGUUUCUAUUGGCUGUUGUGGAGCCAAGGCUGACGAUAUUCAAAGUGAAAGGAGAUGGAAUCUUCUGAAAAAGGAGCUGAAAAUAUCCAAGAGGACGGGCUGUCCAAUGGUGUUCCGUCCAAUUAAUGUGUCAUGCUCUUUGUCAGAAGUCCUCACUUGAGAAGACAUUGAUAGAAAACCAGAUGCUUUCGGGAACCAACAUCCCACUAGUGAUUUCUUUACUGUUCGAUGAGCAGGGAUCUCAAUGUAGGGUAUUGCAGGGUAAUGUAGUGUAUUGUGGGGUAAUGUAGGGUAAUUGUAGUGUAUUGAAGGGUAAUGUAUGGUGAGGGGUAAUGUAGGGUGAUUGUAGUGUAUUGUAGGGUAAUUGUAGGGUAAUACAGGGCAAUGUAGUGUAUUGCAUCUUCAAAUAAAUGCUGUAUAGAGUGAGGCAUAUUUUCUCCAAAUAGGCACUGACACAUUGUACUGUACCGUUAUUGAAUUAAGUUGUUUUUUGUUCCCUAAACUCCCAAGCCUCAUAACAUCAAAAAGUACAGCUAACUUCUAUGUGAACAUACUAUACAAUCUAUACAUCUAUACUAUCUAUACACCUAUACUAUCUAUACACCUAUACUAUCUAUACACCUAUACUAUCUAUACACCUAUACUAUCUAUACACCUAUACUAUCUACUGUAUACACCUAUACUAUCUACUGUAUACACCUAUACUAUCUAUACACCUAUACUAUCUAUACACCUAUACUAUCUAUACACCUAUACUAUCUAUACACCUAUACUAUCUAUACACCUAUACUAUCUAUACACCUAUACUAUCUAUACACCUAUACUAUCUAUACACCUAUACUAUCUAUACACCUAUACUACCUAUACUAUCUACUGUAUACACCUAUACUAUCUAUACACCUAUACUAUCUAUACACCUAUACUAACUAUAAACCUAUACUAACUAUACACCUAUACAUUGAGGGGAAAAAAGUAUUUGAUCCCCUGCUGAUUUUGUACGUUUGCCCACUGACAAAGACAUGAUCAGUCUCUAAUUUUAAUGGUAGGUUUAUUUGAACAGUGAGAGACAGAAUAACAACAAAAAAAUCCAGAAAAACUCAUGUCAAAAAUGUUAUAAAUUGAUUUGCAUUUUAAUGAGGGAAAUAAGUAUUUGACCCCUCUGCAAAACAUGACUUAGUACUUGGUGGCAAAACCCUUGUUGGCAAUCACAGAGGUCAGAUGUUUCUUGUAGUUGGCCACCAGGUUUGCACACAUCUCAGGAGGGAUUUUGUUCCACUCCUCUUUGCAGAUCUUCUCCAAGUCAUUAAGGUUUCGAGGCUGACGUUUGACAACUCAAACCUUCAGCUCCCUCCACAUAUUUUCUAUGGGAUUAAGGUCUGGAGACUGGCAAGGCCACUCCAGGACCUUAAUGUGCUUCUUAUUGAGCCACUCCUUUGUUGCCGUGUGUUUUGGGUCAUUGUCAUGCUGGAAUACCCAUCCACGACCCAUUUUCAAUGCCCUGGCUGAGGGAAGGAGGUUCUCACCCAAGAUUUGACGGUACAUGGCCCCGUCCAUCGUCCCUUUGAUGCGGUGAAGUUGUCCUGUCCCCUUAGCAGAAAAACACCCCCAAAGCAUAAUGUUUCCAACUCCAUGUUUGACGGUGGGGAUGGUGUUCUUGGGGUCAUAGGCAGCAUUCCUCCUCCAAACACGGCGAGUUGAGUUGAUGCCAAAGAGCUCGAUUUUGGUCUCAUCUGACCACAACACUUUCACCCAGUUCUCCUCUGAAUCAUUCAGAUGUUCAUUGGCAAACUUCAGACAGCCCUGUAUAUGUGCUUUCUUGAGCAGGGGGACCUUGCGGGCGCUGCAGCAUUUCAGUACUUCACGGCAUAGUGUGUUACCAAUUGUUUUCUUGGUGACUAUGGUCCCAGCUGCCUUGAGAUCAUUGACAAGAUCCUCCCGUGUAGUUCUGGGCUGAUUCCUCACCGUUCUCAUGAUCAUUGCAACUCCACGAGGUGAGAUCUUGCAUGGAGCCCCAGGCCGAGGGAGAUUGACAGUUCUUUUGUGUUUCUUCCAUUUGCGAAUAAUCGCACCAACUGUUGUCACCUUCUCACCAAGCUGCUUGGCGAUGGUCUUGUAGCCCAUUCCAGCCUUGUGUAGGUCUACAAUCUUGUCCCUGACAUCCUUGGAGAGCUCUUUGGUCUUGGCCAUGGUGGAGAGUUUGGAAUCUGAUUGAUUGAUUGCUUCUGUGGACACGUGUCUUUUUAUACAGGUAACAAGCUGAGAUUAGGAGCACUCCCUUUAAGAGUGUGCUCCUAAUCUCAGCUCGUUACCUGUAUAAAAGACACCUGGGAGCCAGAAAUCUUUCGGAUUGAGAGGGGGUCAAAUACUUAUUUCCCUCAUUAAAAUGCAAAUCAAUUUAUAACAUUUUUGACAUGUUUUUUGUUGUUGAUUUUUUUUGUUAUUCUUUCUCUCACUGUUCAAAUAAACCUACCAUUAAAAUUUGACUGAUCAUUUCUUUGUCAGUGGGCAAACGUACAAAAUCAGCAGGGGAUCAAAUACUUUUUUCACUCACUGUACUAUCUACUGUAUACAGCCAUACUAACUAUACACCUUUACUAUCUAUACACCUAUACUAUCUACUUUAUACAUCUAUACUAUCUAUACACCUAUACUAUCUACUGUAUACACCUAUACUAUCUACUGUAUACACCUAUACUAUCUAUACACCUAUACUAUCUACUGUAUACACCUUUACUAUCUAUACACCUAUACUAUCUACUGUAUACACCUAUACUAUCUACUUUAUACAUCUAUACUAUCUACUGUAUACACCUAUACUAUCUAUACACCUAUACUAUCUACUGUAUACACCUUUACUAUCUAUACACCUAUACUAUCUACUGUAUACACCUAUACUAUCUACUUUAUACAUCUAUACUAUCUAUACACCUAUACUAUCUACUGUAUACACCUAUACUACCUAUACACCUAUACUAUCUACUGUAUACACCUAUACUAUCUAUACACCUAUACUAUCUACUGUAUACACCUAUACUACCUAUACACCUAUACUAUCUAAACACCUAUACUAUCUACUGUAUACACCUAUACUAUCUAUACACCUAUACUAUCUACUUUAUACACCUAUACUAUCUAUACAGCUAUACUAUCUAUACACCUAUACUAUCUACUGUAUACACCUUUACUAUCUAUACAGCUGUACUAUCUAUACACCUAUACUAUCUACUGUAUACAACUAUACUAACUAUACACCUAUACUAUCUAUACACCUAAACUACAGAAGUUUACAUACACCUUAGCCAAAUACAUUUAAACUCAGUUUUUCACAAUUCCUGACGUGUAAUCCUAGGAAAAAUUACCUGUCUUAGGUCAGUUAGGAUCACCACUUUAUUUUAAGAAUGUGAAAUGUCAGAAAAAUAGUAGAGAGAAUUAUUUGUUUAAGCUUUUAUUUCUUUCAUCACAUUCCCAGUGGGUCGGAAGUUUACAUACACUCAAUUAGUAUUUGGCAGCAUUGCCUUUUAAAUUGUUUAAUUUGGGUCAAACGUUUUGGGUAGCCUUCUACAAGCUUGCCACAAUAAGUUGGGUGAAUGUUGGCCCACAAAUCCAUUUUAAUUCCAGUGUGUAAGGCAACAAAAUAGGAAAAAUGCCAAGGGGGGUGAAUACUUUCGCAAGCCACUGUAUACUAUCUAUACACCUACAGUACCAGUCAAAGGUUUGGACACACCUACUCAUUCAAGUGUUUUUCUUUAUUUUUACUAUUUUCUACAUUGUAGAAAAAUAGUGAAGACAUCAAAACUAUGAAAUAAGACAUAUGGAAUCAUGUAGUAACCAAAAGAGUGUUAAACAAAUCAAAAUAAAUUUUACAUUUGAGAUUCUUCAAAGUAACCACCCUUUGCCUUGAUGACAGCUUUGCACACUCUUGGCAUUCUCUCAACCAGCUUCAUGAGGUAGUCACCUGGAAUGCACUUCAAUUAACAGGUGUGCCUUGUUAAAAGUUAAUUUGUGGAAUUUCUUUCCUUCUUAAUGCGUUUGAGCCAAUCAGUUGUGUUGUGACACGGUAGGGUUGGUAUACAGAAGAUAGCCUUAUUUGAUAAAAGACCAAGUCCAUAUUAUGGCAAGAACAGCUCAAAUAAGCAAAGAGAAACGACAGUCCAUCAUUACUUUAAGACAUGAAGGUCAGUCAAUACGGAACAUUUCAAGAACUUUUAAAGUUUCUUCAGGUGCAGUCGCAAAAAACAUCAAUGGCUAUGAUGAAACUGGCUCUCAUGAGGACCGCCACAGGAAUGGAAGACCCAGAGUUACCUCUACUGCAGAGGAUAAGUUCAUCAGAGUUACCAGCCUCAGAAAUUGCAGCCCAAAUAAAUGCUUCACAUAGUUUAAGUAACGGACACAUCUCAACAUCAACUGUUCAGAGGAGACUGUGUGAAUCAAGCCUUCAUGGUCUAAUUGGUGCAAAGUAACCACUACUAAAGGACACCAACAAGUUGAAGAGACUUGUUUGGGCCAAGAAACACGAGCAAUGGACAUUAGACCGGUGGAAAUGUGUCCUUUGGUCUGGAGUCCAAAUUGGAGAUUUUUGGUUCCAGCUGAGACGCGGUGUGGGUGAACGGAUGAUCUGCGUAUGUGUAUUUCCCACCGUAAAGCAUGGAGGAGGAGGUGUUAUGGUGUGGGGGUGCUUUGCUGGUGACACUGUCUGUGAUUUAUUUAGGAUUCACGGUGAUACGCCAUCCCAUCUGGUUUGGGCUUAGUGGGACUAUAAAAAUUUUUUGUUACAGGACAAUGACCCAAUACACCUCCAGGCUGUGAAAUGGCUAUUUUACCAAGAAGGAGAGUGAUGGAGUGCUGCAUCAGAUGACCUGGCCUCCACAAUCCCCCGACCUCAACCAAAAUGAGAUGGUUUGGGAUGAGUCGGACCGCAGAGUGAAGGAAAAGCAGCCAACAAGUGCUCAGCAUAUGUGGGAACUCCUUCAAGACUGUUGGAAAAGCAUUCCAGGUGAAGCUGGUUGAUAGAAUGCCAAGAGUGUGCAAAGCUGUCAUUAAGGCAAAGGGUGGCUUAUUGAAGAAUCUCAAAUAUAAAAUAUAUUUUGAUUUGUUUAACACUUUUUUGGUUACUACAUGAUUCCAUAUGGGUUAUUUCAUAGUUUUGAUGUUUCACUAUUAUUCUACAAUGUAGAAAAUAGUAAACAUAAAGAAAUACCCUUGAAUGAGUAGGUGUGUCCAAACUUUUAACUGGUAAUGUAUACUAUCUACUGUAUACACCUACACUAACUACACACCUAUACUAACUAUACACAUUUACUAUCUAUACACCUAUACUAUCUACUGUAUACACCUAUACUAUCUACUGUAUACACCUAUUCUAUCUAUACAUCUAUACUAUCUAUACAACUAUACCAUUUACUGUAUACACCUAUACUAUCUAUCUUUUGGCCCAUUCCUCCAUGCAGAUCUCCUCUAGAGCAGUGAUGUUUUGGGGCUGUCGCUGGGCAACACAGACUUUCAACUCCCUCCAAAGAUUUUCUAUGGGGUUGAGAUCUGGAGACUGGCUAGGCCACUCCAGAACCUUGAAAUGCUUCUUACGAAGCCACUCCUUCGUUGCCCGGGCGGUGUGUUUGGGAUCAUUGUCAUGCUGAAAGACCCAGCCACGUUUCAUCUUCAAUGCCCUUGCUGGUGGAAGGAGGUUUUCACUCAAAAUCUCACGAUACAUGGCCCCAUUCAUUCUUUCCUUUACACGGAUCAGUCGUCCUGGUCCCUUUGCAGAAAAACAGCCCCAAAGCAUGAUGUUUCCACCCCCAUGCUUCACCGUAGGUAUGGUGUUCUUUGGAUGCAACUCAGCAUUCUUUGUCCUCCAAACACGACGAGUUGAGUUUUUACCAAAAAGUUCUAUUUUGGUUUAAUCUGACCAUAUGACAUUCUCCCAAUCCUCUUCUGGAUUAUCCAAAUGCACUCUAGCAAACUUCAGACGGGCCUGGACAUGUACUGGCUUAAGCAGGGGGACACGUCUGGCACUGCAGGAUUUGAGUCCCUGGCGGCGUAGUGUGUUACUGAUGGUAGGCUUUGUUACUUUGGUCCCAGCUCUCUGCAGGUCAUUCACUAGGUCCCCCCGUGUGGUUCUGGGAUUUUUGCUCACCGUUCUUGUGAUCCUUUUGACCCCACAGGGUGAGAUCUUGCGUGGAGCCCCAGAUCGAGGGAGAUUAUCAGGGGUCUUGUAUGUCUUCCAUUUCCUAAUAAUUGCUCCCACAGUUGAUUUCUUAAAACCAAGCUGCUUACCUAUUGCAGAUUCAGUCUUCCCAGCCUGGUGCAGGUCUACAAUUUAGUUUCUGGUGUCCUUUGACAGCUCUUUGGUCUUGGCCAAGUGGAGUUUGGAGUGUGACUGUUUGAGGUUGUGGACAGGUGUCUUUUAUACUGAUAACAAGUUCAAACAGGUGCCAUUAAUACAGGUAACGAGUGGAGGACACAGGAGCCUCUUAAAGAAGAAGUUACAGGUCUGUGAGAGCCAGAAAUCUUGCUUGUUUGUAGGUGACCAAAUACUUAUUUUCCACCAUAAUUUGCAAAUCAAUUCAUUAAAAAUCCUACAAUGUGAUUUUCUGGAUUUUUUUUCUCAAUUUGUCUGUCAUAGUUGACGUGUACCUAUGAUGAAAAUUACAGGCCUCUCUCAUCUUUUUAAGUGGGAGAACUUGCACAAUUGGUGGCUGACUAAAUCCUUUUUUUCCCCACUGUAUGUACAUCUAUACUAUCUAAUGUAUACACCUGUACUAUUUAUAGAUCUAUACUAUCUAUACACCUAUCUAUACAACUAUACUAUCUACUGUAUACACCUAUACUAUCUAUACACAUAUACUAUACUAACUAUGCUAUACUAUCUACGUAUGUAUCUACAGUGUCUUCAGAAUGUAUUCAUACCCCUUGACUUAUUCCACAUUUUGUUGUUACAGCCUGGAUUCAAAAUGGAUUCAAUUGUUUUUUUCUCACCCAUCUACACACAAUGCCCCAUAAUGACAAAGUGAAAACCUUUUUUAUUUUUAGAGUUUUGCAAAUGUAUUGAAAAUGAAAUACAGAAAUAUAUAAUUUACGUAAGUAUUCACACAACUGAAUUAAUACAUGUUAGAAUCACCUUUAGCAGAGAUUACAGCUGUGAAUCUUUCUGGGUAAGUCUCUAAGCGCUUUGCACACCUAAAUUGUACAAUAUUAUUAUAUUGUACAAUUAUUCUUUACAAAAUUCUUAAAGAUCUGUCAAAUUGGUUAUUGAUCAUUGACAACCAUUUUCAUGUCUUGCCAUAGAUUUUCAAGCAGAUUUAAGUCAAAACUGUUACUCGGCCACUCGAGAACAUUCAUUUUCUUCUUGGUAAGCAACUCCAGUGUAUAUUUGGCCUUGUGUUUUUAGGUUAUUGUCCUGCUGAAAGGUGAAUUAAUCUCCCAGUGUCUGGUGGAAAGCAGACUGAACCAGGUUUUCCUCUAGUAUUUUGCUUGUGCUUGGUCCAUUUAGUUUUUUUUACCCUGAAAAACUCCCAAGUCCUUAACGAUUACAAGCAUACCCAUAACAUGAUGCAGCCACUACUAUGAUUGAAAAUAUGGAGAGUGGUACUCAGUAAUGUGUUAUGUUUGGGGCAAAUACAAUGCUUUGUAUUCAGGACAAAAAGUUAAUUGCUUUGUUAAUUUUUUUGCAGUAUUACAUUAGUGCCUUGUUGCAAACAGGAUGCAUGUUUUGGAAUAUUUGUAUUGUGUACAGGCUUCCUUCUCUUCACUCUGUCAAUUAGGUUAGUAUUGUGGAGUAACUACUAUUUUCUUUGAUCCAUUUUCAGUUUUUCCCUAUCACAGCCAUUAAACUGUAACUAUUUUAAAGUCACCAUUGGCCUCAUGGUGAAAUCCCCGAGCGGUUUCCUUCCUCUCCGGCAACUGAGUUAGGAAGGACGCCUGUAUCUUUAUAGUGACUGGGUGUAUUGAUACACCAUCCAAAGUGUAAUUACUAACUUCACCAUGCUCAAAGGGAUAUUCAAUGAUUGCUUGUUUUUGUUGUUGCCAUCUACCAAUAGGGGCCCUUCUUUGCGAGGCAUUGGAAAACCUCCCUGGUCUUUGUGGUUGAAUCUGUUUGAAAUUCACUGCUCGACUGAGUGACCAUAAAGAUAAUUGUAUGUGUGGGUUACAGAGAUGAGGUAGUCAUUCAAAAAUCAUGUUAAACACUUGCAACUUAUUAUGUGACUUGUAGAGCAUAUUUUUACUCCUGAAGUUAUUUAGGCUUGCCAUAACAAAGGGGUUGAAUACUUAUUGACUCAAGACAUUUCAGAUUUUCAUUUUUAAUUGAUUUGUAAAAAAUUUGAAAAACAUAAUUCCAUUGACAUUAUGGGGUAUUGUGUGUAGGCCAGUGACACAAAAUCUCAAUUGAAUCCAUUUGAUAUUUAGGCUGUAACACAUCAGAAAUUUGAAAAAGUCAAGGGGUGUGAAUACUUUCUGAAGCCACUGUAUACUAUACUAUAACAGUGACUUCAUUGAAUGAACCUUGUAUGAGAUGAUUUGCAUAAAGAAGAAUAGAAGAAUAAAUGUUCUGUCAUUCCAUGUGGCCAGGAGAGAGGUGUGAGAGGCCUUGUAAUAGAACUACAAAGACAUUUACAAACACAUCGUUAUGCAUUCUGAUUUCAAAGCAAGGACGUGAACCUCAUCCAACCCACACAUUCAGGUGUUCUUCAGUAAUUGGCGUUUUUGAAUGUAUAAUGGCUUAGUUUGAACACUGUUAUCCUUUGAAUCCUUUGACCUUGUGUGAAAAUAUUAAUCUUCUAUACAAAGUGGCCUGUGGGCAAUGUUCCACAGUGUCUUUAAAAAUGUGAUUUGAAAGGGGAUUUAAGGAAAUAUAGCAAUAAACAGUUUGAAUAUAUCAAUAAACAAAUGAAUAAGAUGUACAUAGCAUCAAAGUGUGGAUCACCAACAGAAAUGUAAACCAUGCAUCAAACUCAUCCCAGAGCAUUUUACAAUUCAGAUUGCACUUCUAUAGAGUAAAGUCAUUUAUUGAUCCCAACGUGCGAAGUUGUUUGAUCACCACAAGCAUCAGCAAUGAUUACAACGACAAGACAAUGUCAAUAAAACAAUAAAAACCUAAAAUGUUGUCUGUCUGUAUUGCUAAAGGAAUGACAUUCCAUGAGAGCAACUUUAUGUGUAUGUUUGCUUGUGCGUGCGUGCGUGCUUGCUUGUGUGUGCAAGAGGGGUGAUGUGUAUGAAUGAGUGUAUGCUAUUUCCUGUUGUAAUAACACUUAACACAUUCCUGACAACCGUUAGCGUAUGCCUAGCCAUCUAGCUUACCUACAUUACAUUCGCUAACAUAGCAGUGUUACUCAUCUUCUGGUACUUCAUGGUUCAUUCUUACAACCACAUAUUGGCCUUUUUGCCUAAUGACAGAUGUAGUGUAUAGAAUAAUUGUACCUUGACAUGUUGCUUUAUCUACUGUGUACCUCAGUUAAAAUAGAUGUAUAUGCUGACUUUGUGUGUGUGUGUGUGUGUGUGUGUGUGUGUGUGUGUGUGUGUGUGUGUGUGUGUGUGUGUGUGUGUGUGCGCGCACAGCAAUGGUACACCAGCUCCAUGAAGGCAGUGUGUGCGUGGCUGACAGACAGACUGGACCUUCAGCUCCACAUGUACCAGCUGAAAACACUCAUCAAGAUCGUCAAGGUAACGCGCAUUGUUGUGGUGUGAGUGUACUGUCAACAUUCACAGUAAGCUGUAGCCCUCAUCGAGACUGUCAUUUUUCAUGUUGAACAUGAGGCAUAUGGAAUAAUGUGCUUUGUGAAUAAUUAUAUUAAUAAUUACUUGAGAAAUUGUAUGCUUUAUUUUUAUGUAUCUGAUUCCAAACAUUGAGUCUAGUCAGGGCCAGAUUAAACAGGCUGAAGCCAAGGCACUAUGUGUACAAACAUUAGGAACACCUUCCAAAUAUUGAGUUGCACCCAGUUUUGCCCUCAGAACAGCCUCAAUUCCUCGAGGCAUGGACUCUACAAGGCAUCGGAAGCGUUCCACAGGGAUGCUGGCCCAUGUUGACUCCAAUGCUUCCCACAGGAGUUCUUGACACAAACUGGUGUGCUUGGCACCUACUACCAUGCCCCGUUCAAAGGCACUUAAAUAUUUUGUCUUGCCCAUUCACCCUUCGAAUGGCACAUAUACAGUCGUGGUCAAAAGUUUUGAGAAUGACACAAGUAUUGGUCUUCACAAAGUUCGCUGCUUCAGUGUUAUCAGAUAUUUUUGUCAGAUGUUACUAUGGUAUACUGAAGUAUAAUUACAAGCAUUCCAUAAGUGUCAAAGGCUUUUAUUGACAAUUACAUUAAGUUUAUGCAAAGAGUCAAUAUGCAGUGUUGACCCUUCUUUUUCAAGACCUCUGCAAUCCGCCCUGGCAUGCUGUCAAUUAACUUCUGGGCCACAUCCUGACUGAUGGCAGCCCAUUCUUGCAUAAUCAAUGCUUGGAGUUUGUCCGAAUUUGUGGGUUUUUGUUUGUCCACCCGCCUCUUGAGGAUCGACCACAAAUUCUCAAUGGGAUUAAGGUCUGGGGAGUUUCCUGGCCAAGGACCCAAAAAGUCGAUGUUUUGUUCCCCGAGCCACUUAGUUAUCACUUUUGCCUUAUGGCAAGGUGCUCCAUCAUGCUGGAAAAGGCAAUGGUCGUCACCAAACUGUUCUUGGAUGGAUGGGAGAAGUUGCUGUCGGAGGAUGUGUUGGUACCAUUCUUUAUUCAUGGCUGUGUUCUUAGGCAAAAUUGUGAGUGAGCCCACUCCCUUGGCUGAGAAGCAACCCCACACAUGAAUGGUCUCAGGAUGCUUUACUGUUGGCAUGACACAGGACUGAUGGUAGCGCUCACCUUGUCUUCUCCGGACAAGGUGUUUUCCGGAUGCCCCAAACAAUCAGAAAGGGGAUUCAUCAGAGAAAAUGACUUUACCCCAGUCCUCAGCAGUCCAAUCCCUGUACCUUUUGCAGAAUAUCAGUCUGUCCCUGAUGUUUUUCCUGGAGAGAAGUGGCUUCUUUGCUGCCCUUCUUCACACCAGGCCAUCCUCCCAAAAGUAUUCGCCUCACUGUGCAUGCAGAUGCACUCACAUCUGCCUGCUGCAAUUCCUGAGCAAGCUCUGCACUGGUGGUGCCCCGAUCCCGCAGCUGAAUCAACUUUAGGAGACGGUCCUGGUGCUUGCUGGACUUUCUUGGGCGCCCUGACGCCUUCUUCAAAACAAUUGAACCUCUCUCCUUGAAGUUCUUGAUGAUCCGAUAAAUGGUUGAUUGAGGUGCAAUCUUACUAGCAGCAAUAUCCUUGACUGUGAAGCCCUUUUUGUGCAAAGCAAUGAUGACGGCACGUGUUUCCUUGCAGGUAACCAUGGUUAACAGAGGAAGAACAAUGAUUUCAAGCACCACCCUCCUUUUAAAGCUUCCAGUCUGUUAUUCUAACUCAAUCAGCAUGACAGAGUGAUCUCCAGCCUUGUCCUCGUCAACAUUCUCACCUGCGUUAAUGAGAGAAUCACUGACAUGAUGGCAGCUGGUCCUUUUGUGGCAGGGCUGAAAUGCAGUGGAAAUGUUUUUUGGGGAUUAAGUUCAUUUUCAUGGCAAAGAGGGACUUUGCAAUUAAUUGCAAUUCAUCUGAUCACUCUUCAUGACAUUCUGGAGUAUAUGCAAAUUGCCAUAAUCAAAACUGAGGCAGCAGACUUUGUGAAAAUUAGUAUUUGUGUCAUUCUCAAAACUUUUGACCAUGACUGUACACAAUCCAUGUCUCAAGGCUUAAAAAUCCUUCUUUAACCUGUCGCCUCCCCUUCAUCUACACUGAUUUAAGUGGAUUUACCAAGUGACAUCAAUAAGGGAUCAUAGCUUUCACCUGGAUUCACCUGGUCAGUUUGUCAUGGAAAGACAGGUGUUUUGUAAACCCUUGGCAACAGCGCACGUGCAAAGACCUGAGUAGGCACAUUUGCUAUUUAACGCAACAGUUUUUGUGACAAAACUAUUGGUGGAGUUGAAAAAUCGAUGGAAACACAUUGAUUUUUAGAUUUUUAUUCGGACAUGAAGACUUAGGCGAAAAUUUACAUUUUGUGUGCAGUACCUCAUCACGCACUGACUCUGUUUGGUGGAAACACCACUGGUGGGAAAAUGUGCAUAUUUUCUUUAUGCAUAUUAAAUUAAUAUUUGCAUGAAAAUCUGUCGCCAAUUGGAUGGAAACCUAGCUAGUGACUGACAUAACAAGAGAAAAACUGCUAAUGCAAAAACAACAUUUCGAAAUUGCACCUUGUGUAUCCUACUAUUCUAAUGCUGAGCAGUAAGUUGAGACCCCCCCCCCCCCCCCCCCACCCCCCCCAGUACUCCUCACUGCAUUCUCUACCAGAAAGUUGGUUGGCCCUCUUUGAUGUCACGUAGGUUGAUACAUUGCUAUGUUUUCAUUUACUGUAUAAAGCCCUUUUACAAAAACUCCCACUGUACCUAUCAUUACUAACCUUUACAGAUAUGAGUUACCACACCCGGUCUCAGGGAUGGUUAACUGUAGAAAUUCCUUUGAUCUCUACUGAGUUAGGUAAAUCAGAUUUGAGUUUUUUUGCACCAUAUUUGUGGAACAAUCUUCAAAAUGUUCUUACAUUUGAUGUUCUGGUGCCUCUAGGGUAAUUCAGAAAGCUGAUUGAGGACUUUAUUACUGAUGAAUGUGUUUGUUUUUUAUGACAAUGUUUUUCUUUCUGCUUGCAUUUUGUACUUAUAUUGAUGUGUGUAUUUUCUGUAAUUCAGGGCUCAUCUGUAAAAAAAAAAAAAAAAAAAAAAAAGACCUUGGUUUCAGUAUGACUCCCUGAUCAGAUAAAAAAAUGGAGAGGAUAGACUUAAGGAUUUUCUCUUUACAUUUUAAAUAUGAACAGUUAUUGACACCUAGAUGGAGUGCACUCAGACAUUGGAGCUCAAUUUGGAUGGACCUAUUGAAGAAGACCACAGUGGCCUUGAAUCUUGCCUUUGUCCAAAUCUGUUCAGCUCCACUAUUCAGCACACAACAGGCUAUUGUUCCACCAUUCAAACACUGACAGUCUAUUCUGUUCUGACCAUUCACACUCAGUCUCGGUUUCCCAUUGAGAGAAGCCUCCAUGUUCUCUGAUGUGUGUUUUUCUGUUUGGUUUCACCCACAGAAGACAUACCGAGACUUCCGACUCCAAGGAGUCCUGGAUGGAACCCUGAACAACAAGAGCUAUGAGACCGUCUACAACCGCCUCACCGUGGAGGAGGCCACCGUGGCGGUCAAGGCCGGCGACGGUCUCCAAGGCAUCACCAUGAGGGACAGUGAUGAGGAGGACGGG